CUUUGCCUUUUACUCUGAGAUAAAUGAGAGCCACAAGAGGAGGGAUGUGAUUUGACUUAAAUGUGAACAGGAUCUCGCUGGCUGCUGGGGAACAGAACGGGAAAUUAGGGCAGCAGCUGGGAGCCCAGUGAAGCGGUGACUGCAUUAGUCCAUGUGAGAGAUAUUGGCGGCUGGACCAGGGUGGGCGGUGGAGUGAGCAAGGGGCAGUGGUCAGCUUUGGGAUUUAUUUUGAAGAAAUGAUGAGAAAAGCACAAGGACCUGCGGGAUUGUGCAAUGUGAGCCUCUUGCCCAUCCUGAGAAAAGGGUGACUGGGAGCCUGAGCUGGAAAGACCUCUGGGAAUGAUCCCAGGCCCUAUUCCAGGGCGGUCACCGGAGAGCCCAAGUGAUUAGCCCAGGGUCACACAGGCGGUGAGUCAGCUGGGGCCACCCUGGGCUCUCUCUCUCUUCCGCAUCUAUGCGUCUGUUCCCACGCCCCAGAAUGGCCAAGGCUGCCUGCCAUGGCUGGUAUCCCCCUCCCUCCCUGGCCGCCAGGAGUCACCAGAAAUGGUCCUCAUUUAUAACCAGGCUGGAGAACAGGAGGAAGGACUCAGAUCUACACAGGCUUCACCCCUCCUGAUAGGUCACUUCCCUCUCUUCCUCCCCUGUGUAAUAGUCUCCAAGCUCCUGAUGAGAUGCAAUGAUCUCUACACACACACACACACACACACACACACACCUCUCCCUCCCUUGCCCCAGAAGUUCCCAGAAGAGGUUCCUGGAAACCCUUCUCAGAGAAAUGAAGAGGAGGGAGGAGGGGAUAAAGAAAAAAAACAAACUUAAAGAAGAAAAUGGUUUUGUAUGAGGGGGGUUACUGAGAUGCAGGAAGUUGGGGCUUUGGUGUUGGGGGGAGGGAAAGGAGGGGAGCCUGGGAUCUGGGGGCCCUGGUAAUUUUCUCAUCUCGUUUCACGGCCAUAAAGCUACUGAGAUGGAGAUGUAGGGGGCCAGACGCUUUGAACACAGUCACCUCAGAGAAUCGGAUAAAAACUUGCACAUUAUCCUUCCACCAAAUGCUCAUUCCCAUUCAUGCAAUAAAUAUUUAUUGAGCACAUACUGUGUGCCAGGCACUGUUCUAGGAACCGAGGAAACAGCAGUGAAUUAUACAGAAAAAAAAAGUCAUGUACAAGUUUGGAAGUUUCCUAAAUCCAGCAUGGGGGACCUCAGUCCCCCAGUAGGUCUUUGGGCCCCAGGGUUACUCUCUAGGGAUGAGGAGACGACUGUGGGCUGCCACUCAAGAAAUCCCAGGCUCAGCUUCAUCCCGGCGACCUUUGGAAUAUUGGAUAAAUCAUUUUCAUCCUCUAGUCUCAGUUGGCCAGUCUGUAAACUGGGUUGGUACCAAGUGGAUGUGGACCUUGAACAGGCCCCAAGCUCCCUUGCAACUUUAGUCUAGAAGGGAUCCUGGGGACGGGUUCUUUUUAUGGUCUUGGCAUUCUUAGUAUAUAAUUUAGAACAUCUGGGUUCAAACAUGCCAGUGCCAUCAUUACAGAUAAAGAAAUGGAGGUCCGUCAGUGCCUGACACUUGACGAAAGAUGGUCGGGCAGUCGGGGUGGAAAGCCCAGGGUGCCCGACUCUACAUCCUGAAUGUUCACUUCCUCCUGCAUACCACUUCUCUGUGCUCCUGUCUUCUCUCCCUCUGCCUCUCCUUGAAUCUCUCAAUUACCCAUCAGCACUCCACCAUCUAGAAAUUUCUCUCCACCCCUUCCUGAUCUUGUUUAUAUAAUUUUACUCCCUGCUGGGUGAGGGAGGACAGUCUGGGACAUGUUCUUAAACUUCUUCCUGAGUCAGCUCCCUGGGGGCCCUUGCCCCCAAUGGGGCUUGAGAACGAGUAUGAUUUUAUUAGCCAAGAUGCUGGGCUAUCAACUUCUGUUGAUUGGGGAACCUCCUGCCAGCCCCCUGUCCCUCUCUGGGCCUUUUUCGGCUACUUGGGAAGCGGCUGGAUUAGCUGCUUCUGGAGAUGAAAUACAUCCUCAUGCUAGAGCUAGCAAAAAUGAUGCUAAUACUUGUACGGUAAUAAGGGCUGUUUAUUGAGUGUUUACUAUGUGACUGGCACCACUCUAAGCACUUGACAUAGUUCACUAUCUUUCUACAUUCGAGAUUCGCAUGCAAACCUCACAUAACCCAGUAAAGUAGUGAGUGCUAUUAUGAUUCACAUUUUGCGGAUGAGAAUACUGAUGCCCAGAGAAGUCAAGUCACUCGUCCAGUAUAUCACACAGCAAGUAAAUGACGGAACUGUUAUCCCAGACCAGGUCUGUAUGACGAAAGAGAGCUUUCUCGCAAACACGGUGAGAGCUCUAAUCUGCGGGGGUAGGUGUAUUCGGGAUUCAUUAGCCCUAAUUAGGACUAAGGGCCUCAUUUGGGCGAAAAGGCCAUCUAGGUACGUAACGUCACGAAAGAGCGCGGUGACACCAGCCACGCGGGCGUGGGAACCCAUCCACGUUCCAGCGAGCUGCCGUUUAACCGCAUCGCCCUCUGACCGCCUCGCUUCCGCCGUAUAUUUGCAUAUUCAGUAAACGGACGCCCGGGCGUCGGCGAUGACGCGGUGACGUCAGGGAGCGCCCCUGCAUUCUCCCCCCCGAGCGUACGCACGUACGCAAGCACGCACGGCGAUGAGUGGGCGGGGGAGGAGGGAGAGAUUGGAGGCGCCCCGCCCAGUCAGCAGGGUUGCGCGUGCCCCGUGCGACCGCCAAGAUGGUGGUGGGCGCGUUCCCUAUGGCGAAGCUGCUAUACUUGGGCAUCCGGCAGAUCAGCAAGCCGCUUGCCAACCGCAUGAAGGAGGCCGCCCGCCGAAGCGAGUUCUUCAAGACCUAUAUCUGCCUCCCGCCGGCUCAGCUGUACCACUGGGCGGAGAUGCGGGCCAAGCUGCGCAUCAUGGGCUUGAACACCGAAGCCGUCAAGCCGCUGAACGAGGCGGCGGCCGUCGAGCUGGGCGCCGAGCUGCUGGGCGAAACCACCGUCUUCUUGGUGGCCGGCGGCUGUCUGGUGCUGGAGUACUGGCGCCAGAAGAUGCAACAGCGUCGCAAGGAGGGGGAGCAGCGAGCUGCCUGGGGCGCGGUGCAGGGCGACGUGGACCACCUGGAGCUGGCGCUGGAGCAGCUGCAGGCGCAGGUGCGGGCGGCGGCGCCGCUGAGCGCCCUGGAGGAGCUGCGGGCGCAGAUGGAAGACAUGCGCGCCCAGCUCUGCGAGCCGGACUCGGACGCGCCGUCUGCGCCCCAGACGGAGCCCGCGUCCCAGGAGUAGGAGGCCGCAGGGCCCUGGUCUUGCACGUGACUGUUGUCUUGGCUGCGACUUCUCCGACUUGGCCUCCUGUCUGUCCACACUGUUCGUUCCUGAACCGGCCUAGCUAUUACCACCCCGUCCCUGUAGGGCGGAAAGGAUCUUACACUGGGGCUGAUCCAACCAGGCGUUUGGUCACUUCCCCCCACUAGGUGGGCCAGCAGGACACAGGGACCUGGCCAGCUCAUUCUGUCAUUCACACCUCCACUUACCGGAGGAGUGAUCCUCUCCCGGGGGCCUCAGCCAUCGCACGGGGGGUGGGAGGGACACUCUGCCCCCUCCUCGUUGGUACAGUCCAUUGUAAUAAUGGAGACACUUCCGCUGGACUGCCCGCCCCGCCCCGGCCACCUACCUCACCCUGUGGUGCAGGGAAUGGGAUGGAUCUCGGACGACUUUAGGUCCAAUGGGCCACUCAGUGGCGCCUGUCUUCAGUCCACCAUCGGUACCUCUACUGGGGUCCUCUCCUCAAGUGGAUCUGUCCAACAGACCUGCCCCGCACCCCCCCUCCCUUAGUCUGUGGCACAACCCCCUGGGGAAGGCCGCGUGGGGUCCUCUCUUGCAUUUCCACCAGCUCUCCCUGCUCCCCACUUUCUGUGAUCUGUUCCAGCGGGACAUGGCCCUUCAGGGUAGAAAAAUGGUCCUGCCUAGAGCUGAACAAUUCUGGUAUGGCCAAAGCCCCCAGUUUACCUGUCCAGAAGGUCUGGACUACUGCUGUUCUUACCCACAGUUCCCCCUAGCUGGCCUCUCAUAGGGACCCACCUGUUCCCUGCUCUAUGGGUAACUGUCACACCCCCCACCUUCCAAGCCUGCUCUUCAGUACUCAGGGAUUCCCCCAUCCUUCUUACCCUUGGACUGGACCCCCAGGCCCCCUCGACCCCCUUCAUGCAAAGACCUCCUCCGUGGGACCCCCAGCCCCUCAGCCCUUAAGUUCCCCACUCCCAUCCCAAGGGACUGUUCCACCAGACAGUGUUGCCUACCCAGCCUACCUGCUGCCAACCCACUGAACUGCUCGGGGGCGGGCGGGUAUGCAUGAGCUCUGCGACUUCUGAAUUCUAUUUUUUUAGACUGUUGAUGUUUUACAAUUAAAGG